UACGUCACAGGCGGAAGGAACAAAGAAAGGAAAGAGAAAGGCUUCUCCUGAGAGGAAGGCAAGAAGGAGGGAAAUGAGGAUUCUCUGGUGACAUAAUGAGAAACAUGAUGUAGUGGAUAUCGAGGAAUUUGGAAGCAAAAAAAACCCAACUAUGUAGGAAGAGGAAAUCCACUCAAAGAACUGGUUUUGUGAAACUCUUAACCUCAGGAAACAAGAAGAGUCAAGUGUCCAUAUUGUAGAUAAAUGUAAAUAUUACUGUUGGCCAUGGACGAGAAAGCAUAUGAGUGCAUUGAAGGUGGAAAGAGCUUUACUAACACUGGAUAUCUGCAUUCACAUCAUAAGACUCACACUGGGAAGAAACCCUACACAUGCCUAGAGUGUGGGAAGAGCGUCACUCUACGUCAUAAUCUAUAUUCACAUCAAAGGAUUCACACUGGGGAGAAACCCUAUAAAUGCAUGGAGUGUGGGAAGAGCUUCACUCAGAGCGCACACCUACAUAGACAUCAGAGUACUCACACUGGGGAAAAACCCUACACAUGCCUAGAGUGUGGGAAGAGCUUCACUCUGAGUCAUAAUCUACAUUUACAUCAAAGGACACACACUGGGGAGAAACCCUAUAAAUGCAUGGAGUGUGGAAGGAACUUUGCUGGGAGUUCCCAUCUAUAUUCACAUUGGAAAACUCACACUGGGGAGAAACCCUAUACAUGCCUAGAAUGUGGGAAGAGCUUCACUCAGAGUGGAAAUCUGCAUUCACACCAAAGGACCCACACUGGGGAGAAGCCCUAUAAAUGUACCGAGUGUGGAAAGAGCUUUGCUCAGAAAGUACAACUACAUUCACAUCAAAUCACUCACACCGUGGAGAAACCUUAUACAUGUCUGGAGUGCGGGAAGAGCUUUGCUCGGCAAAGAAGUCUGCGUUCGCAUGAAAGGACUCACAGUGGGAAGAAACCUUUUAAAUGUCUGGAGUGUGGAAAGAGCUUCACUGAGAGUGGACAUCUCCAUUCACAUCAUAGAACCCACACUGGGGAGAAACCUUAUCAAUGCACGGAGUGUGGAAAGAGCUUCACUCAGAGAGUACAACUACAGUCGCAUCAACGAACUCACACUGGGGAGAAACCCUAUAAAUGCCUGGAGUGUGGAAAGAGCUUCGCUCGGAGUGGAAAUCUACAGUCUCAUAAUAGAACCCACACAGAAGAGAAACCCUAUAAAUGCACAGAGUGUGGGAAGAGCUUCACUCUGAGUCAUAAUCUACAUUCACAUCAAAGGAUUCACACUGGCGAGAAACCCUAUCAGUGCCUGGAGUGUGGAAAGAGCUUCCUUCAUAGCAGCAGUCUACAUUCACACCAAAGAACCCACACUGGAGAGAAACCCUAUAAAUGCCCAGAAUGUGGAAAGACCUUUGCUGGGAGUUCAAAUCUAUAUUCACACCAAAAAACUCACACUGGGGAGAAACCCUACAUAUGCCUGAAGUGUGGAAAGAACUUCAGUAGCAGUGGAACCCUACAGAGACAUCAGAGGACCCACACUGGGGAGAAACCCUAUAAGUGCAUGGAAUGUGGAAAGAACUUCACUCUAAGUGCACACCUACAUGCCCAUCAUAGGACUCACACCGGGGAGAAACCCUAUAGGUGCCUGGAGUGCGGAAAGAGUUUUGCUCGGUAUGGAAGUCUAUACUAUCAUCAUAGAACCCACACUGAGAGAAACCUUAGAAAUUCCUGCAGUGUGUAAAGCAUUUCACUCAACAGUUUGUGAAUGUGAGGUUC